AUGACUAGACCAGACGUUCCUAUUCCGGAGUCUCCGCAACCACCUUUCCCAGUUGAAGAGCACAACGUGACGGUUAUCGCAGGUUUUGGGCGUGGAUCAGCAGAGCUGGGUAUACCAACGGCUAACAUCUCGACAAAGGAGGUUAAACAGGUUACACAAUUAGACCCGGGUGUCUAUUUUGGAUGGGUUAAACUACACAAGAAACAGGAUGCUACCCACUCUGAUAUAAAGGAGAGGGAGAGUGGGAAACAGGUUGAAUAUAGCUAUGGGUUAGGGCUCGAAGAAGGCAAAGACCUUGAAGUUGUACUACCAACGGUGAUGAGCAUUGGCUGGAACCCAUUUUAUGGGAACAAGGAGAAAGCCAUUGAACUGCAUAUAGUCCAUCAAUUCCCAAAGGAUUUCUACGGUGCCACAGUGUGUUUCAACGUACUUGGAUACAUCAGACCGGAACUUAACUACACGACAAAGGAGGCCUUGAUCAAGGAUAUACAGACGGAUAUUGAGAUUGGAAUUCAAACACUCAAUACUCCACAGUACCAAAAGUAUAAAAGACUUUAG